AUGAUGUUGGCAAGGGCCACGGCCAUGGAGGGUAUGGCAAGGGCCAUGGCCAUGGUGGAUACGGUAAAGGCCAUGGACAUGGAGGGUACGGCAAGGGCCACGGCCACGGAGGAUACGAUAAGGGCCAUGGUCAUGGUGGAUACGGCAAAGGACAUGGCGGAGGCUACGGGCACGGAGGGUAUGGCAAAGGUCACGGCGGAGGUUAUGGGCAUGGUGGUCACGGAGGCUACGGACACGGAGGUCACGUCUUUGUUACCGAUGAAGCGAACCAUGAUCAGCUUCCAGGCCAUUUUCAUGGUGUUGCUUCAUGGCAGUCCCGUCUACUAUAAGAACUGGUCCACCGCCGACUACAUCAUCCAGUCACUGUCUGGUUCCGACACGAACAGCUUCCCUACCAAGAUGCGCGUAGCCCUCGUAGCAGUACUUGUGCUGGUGAUGGUCGCCAUGGCAAUGGCAGACCCCGACCCCGGGUAUGGGAAAGGGCAUGGCGGACAUGGACACGGAGGGUACGGCAAGGGCCAUGGCCAUGGAGGGUACGGCAAGGGCCAUGGCCAUGGUGGAUACGGUAAAGGCCAUGGACAUGGAGGGUACGGCAAGGGCCACGGCCACGGAGGAUACGGUAAGGGCCAUGGUCAUGGUGGAUACGGCAAAGGACAUGGCGGAGGCUACGGGCACGGAGGGUAUGGCAAAGGUCACGGCGGAGGUUAUGGGCAUGGUGGUCACGGAGGCUACGGACACGGAGGUCACGGUAAGAAAUCGUUAUCAUUAAUAGCUGAGAACCACAUCUACGUCAUGCAAAAGCCCACCUUUUCCUUUACUGAAGUUUCUAGACCAACACCAUACUUUGAGCAAGAUGAUACAAGGAAAUUCGUUGAAAUUGGAAGGUUUUAG